UCUGCGUAUCUACUGUUAUAAACGAGCCUUUAGUUGUCUCCAGAAAACCUUUACACAUUGUCCCACCGAGAGGCUCUUGUAGAACGGUGGAGAUAUUUAUUCCUGCGUCGUCUUCACUGCUCCUCAGACUGAAAAUACCGUCUGUGGCCUUGAUGUGAACGAGAAUGGAUUCAGCAAACAACCUGAAUCCAUCAAACAUUGAAGGAGGCGUUUCCCCCCACAAGCAUUCGUUGUGUCAGUGACGAGAUGGCGACGCGCCCGUACACGCAAGAGGAGCCCCUUUGUCCCAGAUCCCGCCCACAGCCCGCGGGUAACACGUGGGGAGAGUCGGUCAGGGGGGCAAAGUCUUCCCUCAGCAACAGAGACCACACAGAGGCACAAGUUUUCCUGCUAUUCCAGAGAUGUCUGAGAAGAAAGCCGUGCUGUUCAACUUCUGGGGAGUGGUGGCCUCGUCCAGACCUCGUGCACUCCUGCAGGAGCUGGAGGAGCUGCACCAGCUGCCGGGAGGCUUCCUGUCCGAAGUGGCGUCCCGGAUGGACGGCGCCAUGAGCCGGGCGGAGAGGGGCCAGGUGACCUUUUCUCAGAUGAUCCCAGCCUUCGAGGCGGAGUGUGCGGAGGAGGCCGGGGUCAGAGGUGUGACGCUGCCCUCUGAUUGGUCAGCUAGAGGCCUGCUGGAGGAUCUCAGAGAGGCCAUGAUGGACGUCCAACCGGCCGUGAUGAAGACAGCUGUCCGCCUGCGUCACAGUGGGUUACUGACGGCGGUCCUGGCCAAUCACUGGCUGGAUGACGUCGCCGCUGGAGGCGGUCCGGCCCGCCUCCUGUCUCUGCUCGGCGCCCACUUUGACCUGGUCCUCCAGUCCUGUCGCUCAGGCCACAGGGUCCCAGAGCCUGCCAUGUUCCGCUCCGCGCUGCAGCAGCUGGGAGUGACGUCACAACAGGCCCUGUGGAUGGAUGCGGACGAGGAAGGCGUGAAGGCCGCGGAGGGAGUCGGGAUGACCGCCGUCUUGGUGGAAGACCUGGACGAGGCUUUGAAGAAACUGGCCAACUUCACCGGAGUUCAGGCUGUUGGAGCAGAGACUCCGCCCCCCCCCUGCAGCCCUGAUGACGUGGCACAUGGAUACGUCACCAUCAGGCCCGGAGUGAGGACUCACUACGUGGAGAUGGGCUCGGGUCCACCGGUGGUUCUGUGUCACGGCUUCCCUGAGAGCUGGUACUCCUGGAGGUACCAGAUCCCGGCCGUGGCUGCAGCAGGGUUCAGGGUGCUGGCUCUGGACAUGAAGGGAUACGGAGGCUCCACGGCGCCACCUGACAUCGAGGAGUAUUCUCAGCAGCAGCUCUGCAAGGAUUUAAUCAUAUUUCUGGAUAAAAUGGCGAUACCUCAGGUCACCCUGGUGGGUCACGACUGGGGCGGCGUCCUGGUGUGGACCAUGGCUCAGUAUUUCCCUGAGAGAGUCAGGGCUGCAGCCUCUCUGAACACUCCUCUGUUCCCCGCGGAUCCGUCUGUGAGUCCUGCAGAGAAGCUGAAGGCGAUUCCCAUCUUUGACUACCAGCUGUACUUCCAGAAGCCCGUGAGUGUACUUCUACUGCCUUCUACUGCUCUGCACCUCAGAGGUACUUCUACUGCACUGCACCUCAGAGGUACUUCUACUGCACUGCACCUCAGAGGUACUUCUACUGCAAUACACCUCAGAGGUACUUCUACUGCAAUACACCUCAGAGGUACUUCUACUGCACUGCACCUCAGAGGUACUUCUACUGCACUACACCUCAGAGGUACUUCUACUGCACUACACCUCAGAGGUACUUCUACUGCACUACACCUCAGAGGUACUUCUACUGCACUGCACCUCAGAGGUACUUCUACUGCACUGCACCUCAGAGGUACUUCUACUGCACUACACAUCAGAGGUACUUCUACUGCACUACACAUCAGAGGUACUUCUACUGCACUGCACCUCAGAGGUACUUCUACUGCACUACACCUCAGAGGUACUUCUGCUGCACUGCACCUCAGAGGUACUUCUGCUGCACUACACCUCAGAGGUACUUCUACUGCACUACACCUCAGAGGUACUUGUGGAGGUACUUCUACUGCCUUCUACUGCACUAGACCUCAGAGGUACUUCUACUGCACUGCACCUCAGAGGUACUUCUACUGCACUACACCUCAGAGGUACUUCUACUGCACUACACCUCAGAGGUACUUCUACUGCACUACACCUCAGAGUACUUGGUAGUGGCUGUCUAGUGUCCUGCGCUUCAGAGGUACUUGUAGUACUUUGUG